UAUAGUAUCAAUGUCUAUCUGGUGUCCGCAGCUGCUUUCUCUCUCGCUUUUUUUUAAAUGAAGCAUGGCUAUAAGAGGGUGUGUGUGAGGUGUGUAUAUGAGCUCUGACAACACUAGUGGUACAGCAGCAGAAGCAGCAGCAGAGGGAGAAUGGUCAGACAUAUGUUUUCUCAUCUUCUUCUACUCUGGUCACUCAGCAAUGACCUCUAUACAACUGGAUUGACAUAUCAUGAGCCAGAGGAGCAGUCCUGGAACAACCAGAAUCUCUAUUCUGUCCCUCUGGAUUUGGAUGCACGGCUGAGAAGACUAGACCUGUCCAAUAACUUCAUCAGACAGUUGCAAACACUUGCUUUGCCAUACUUGGAGCAGCUGGACCUGAGCUCCAACCAGCUGGAUCUCAUCUCCGAAGGGGCUUUUGAAAACCUGGCUCGACUUGAAGAGUUGAAUUUGUCCAGAAAUGCGCUGAACAACAACCUUGGCAGUAACAGCAAAGCCCUCCAAUCCAUCAGUAGACUGAAGAUUUUGGACAUAUCAAUGAACGAUUUGACUCAUGAUGCGGUGGAACGGUACCUUCGAAACAAAUCUUCUCUUGAUCAACUUAAGAUGACUGGUAAUGCUUUAACAAGACUUUCACACAACUUGUUUAGGGAGAACAAAGGUUUGAGGUCCAUUACUAUUGAUGACAAUCUGAUAUCAGUGAUAGAACAGGGCACAUUUGAAUCAUUGAGCCAAUUAGAAACACUAAACUUGGCCAAAAAUAACCUUGCACAUAUCUGUGAUUUUAAAUUACAUCAAGUUAAAUAUCUAAAUCUCAGCAGAAAUUCAGUUGAGUUCUUUGUUACGCGUGAGGACGACCAGUUGUACAGGCUUGAAAUUCUCGAUCUGAGUCACAACAAGCUCAUUUAUUUCCCAAUUGUUCCGAAAAUGAACAAUUUGAGGUAUCUACAUUUACAGAAUAAUAUGGUUGGUGCCUUAAAUUCAGAGGCUACAAUGGUAUCAGAGGCCAAUGCUCUUUAUAAUGAGAUUAUGAAGGAGAGGACAGUCAAAAAAAAUAACCUACACUCAAACUGGAGGCUGAUGCCACUGAUUUAUAUUGACCUGAGCUAUAACCACUUUAGCUCUUUCCCACUGGAGACUUUGAGCCUUCUCUCAUCUUUAGAGACUCUGAAUUUCAGUUAUAACUGUCUGCAAAACAUCAUCUGGAAUGUUAGAAAAGAUAAUGAAUCAGGAUACCACCGGCAGCUUUUCUUCCCCUCCUUAAAGUACCUUGACAUGCAAAGCAAUGGACUUGUAUACAUUUCCCCGAGAUUCCUCAGUGCGCUCACACAAAUAGAAACGUUUAAUCUCCAAGACAAUUCUGUGCAACCCUGUGCCUUUAUGGACCAUUUGCAAAGCUCUCAAUCAACGCAGCAAAUAGAUCUCAACACAUCCUGUGUUGUCUUUGGGCAGUUACGGACUCUUAAACACCUCAAUCUGAAAGAAAACAACAUAAAAACGCUUCAGCCAAACACAUUUCAAAAAACCUCUCUGGUUUCUCUGAACCUUGCAAGGAAUCCACAUAUGGUAAUCCAAGUGGAUGCAUUAGAAGGUGUGCAACAGACUCUUCAGUCUUUGAUUAUGAGUGAAAUAAACAUGAACAGCUCUGAUCUAUCUUUACCCUGCAUGCAAGUGUUAACUCAUCUGAACAUAUCUAACAACCAUCUAGAUAUGAUACCUAGUAGUUUAAGCUGCUCUCCCCUGAGAGAAAUAGACAUAAGAAAUAAUCAUUUUGUGUCUUUAAACCACUCUUUGAUUCUUGCUUUAUCUGUACACCUAAAUCUCAUGUACAUUAGUGGAAAUUAUUUUAACUGUUGUGACAGUAAAUGGCUGACAAUCCUACAUGAGUUGAAGAUAAAACUGCCCGAUAUCAAUGACACUGUAUGCUUUUCAAGUGAUAGAAACAUUGUGAUGACAAAAAACACUUCAGUGUACUGUUUGUUUCAUCCGAAAGCACAGGAAAUCCACUUUGGACAAAUGAUCAUAAUUUUUUUAUUUAUAGCUGUUAUAUUAAUAGUGUUGAUCACUUUCAUCAGGAAGGUAUGUUGCACACAGAUAUCAUUUAUAGUGUGAUCUAAAAUCUGUUGUCAUUUUUAUACAUUGUUCUACAUAAUGCACAAGGGUUAUAUAAAGCAAGCAAACCAAAUACAUUCAGCGAGAAACUGGAGAGCAAAGUGCAGUAACUGAAGCAUAAAUCCUGUGAGUUUCAGUUUGCAUGACCUGUUUUACUAUAAACAAAGUGGCACUUAAUGGCUUCUUAGACUGUAAAAACUAACAGACCUUUAAUUAAUAAUGCAGUAAAAUCCUCAUCAUCUUACAAAUGGUUCAAUUCUCAUCUCCAUUCAGGCUUUCUCUUAUGACUCCCCUGCACAUUACUAGUCUGUAGGACAUGCAUCACGCUGCGUGACCUGUGCAGCCAAAUGUUGUAACUGAAAUUGGCCUUAUCGACUCCCAGGCUGUUUGGUUACAGUGCAUGCCAAAUUCACUAAUCAGGCGGAGAAUUUUUGCCCAUCCUUCAUUGUGAAAUGCUUGUUUGCAAGUAAAAGUUUAACCUUGGCUCAAAUUUUUAUGACAUCUGCGAGGCCUUGCACAAUAUUCCCAGAAUCUGGACUGAACUCCUGAACACUACGCUAAUAAGACACCAUGUACGAGUUUCCAUGUACGAGUUUCUGUAUGAGCAUAUAAAUAAAAAUUGCUUAUUUGAAGUGUGUAUAUGCAAGAUCCAUUUUAAUAUAUGUCACUAUUUUGUGUUUUGUCAUGUAUAAAUUAUGUGGCACUGACCCAGGGAGACUGUUGAAUGUGGCAACAGUUAUGCUAUACAUAAUAAACAUGCUAUACCUAAUAACCAGAA